CACCAAGCCCAUGAUCUGAAUACAUCAAAUUUACUGUCUGGAUCUCUUUUUUUUUGCCACAUCGGUGCUAGAUCUUGAGAUGCAAUAAGAAAGUAAGCAGCAAGGUAUGACAUACAGAGUGAUCUUGUGAAAAGCAAACACCCUCGGUCUUGAUGCUAACGCUCAGGUCUUUUAACUAGAGUUCCCGUUCAAGGAAGAACACUGAACCAGUCUAAGCAGCCAGGCUCUGUGAAGGAACAGAAGAUCCAUUUCAGCCAGGAUUAUACCAGAGGCUUUGAGAAGCUAUGAAUCGUCUUUGUGCUUUUCUCCUGGUCUCCUGUUUCAUCCUUGGCCUUUUAUCUUUAAUAGCUACUCAGUCACUUGAAAAGCAGGCAUAUGGAGCCCACAGCCAGCAGGAAACACAUGUUUGUACCAGACCAUUCACAGGAGCAGACACCAAUGAAGAUGACAAAGGAGAUAGCCGGGAGAAGCGCAGCAUGCCCAACUGGAGUGGCUCUGCCUCGGAUUUCUUUGCCUGGGUGGAGCAGCUUCGCUCCCAUGCAGGAUAUGCGAAGAUGGAUGAACUGGCCAGAACCUUCUGGGCUCAUUUCCCCUCUGCCUCCAGACUGGGCUAUGAGGUCCCAGAGCCUGAGGAGUGAAUAGAGAGACAGCAACAGACAGAUGUGAAAACACAUGGUCACCAGCUGCACAAGUCAACAUCUGCCUGCAGCUCCCUACUGAAUAUGGACUCUUUAUAUAAGACAAAAGAUUGCUACACGUUUCACCUCCUAUUGUUUGUAUUCAAAUUGCAGGGCAUGUAGUAAAUUAAAACAAAUGAAAUGUACAUUACUGCUGUGUUAAAAGUGUGUUAAUGGAAGUUUAGUUUAGACCACUCACAGAUUUUGCCAAUAUGCAAUAAACUUUACAACACAACAAA